UCCUAAGAACGAACAAACAAACGAACGAACGAAAGGGAGGGGGAGGUGGAAGGAUGGAGUCCUUGGAAGCCGUCGUUGCAAAUACCCUUGCACUUUCUAGUACGUUUGACGAUCUGUCCCAUUUGUCUUCUCUGUUGAAGCAAUCGGAGGAUUUGCUUGUGCGCAAUUUGGACAAGCUAGGAGACGUAUUGGGAGCCCUGGAUGCAGGCAGGCAUUCUCUAGCCUGUUUGCACAUCCUCGAUGUCCUGUCGUCUAGGGUACCAGUUGGUUCUCCCGAUUCCGGUGAGGUGAUUUGUCGUAUCUCUAGUUUCAUCAAUGAUUGCUCCGCAGAUCAGAUCCGAUUGGCACCAGAAUUAUUCGCCUCCGUCUGCCAUAAGCUGAAGGAUUUCGUAAUGACCGCCGGCAAUCUUCCAAUCAAAGCCAUUUUGCCCUUACAGACGGCGAUCAGGAAGAUUCAGCCUACCCCAGAGCAUUUUACCCCUCAACACGCCGAUUUCACUCUUGUCUGCUUGCUCUCCAAGUGCUAUAAUGCAGCCCUCCCCAUCUUAGACACUGAUAUUUUCGAAGUGGACCCCAAGAAGACGGCCCUAACCCCUCGUGAUUUCCUUCUUUAUUGUUACUAUGGGGGUACGGUCUACAUAGGUCUGAAGAGGUUCAAUAAGGCGCUGCAGCUGUUUCACCAUGCCAUCACUGCGCCUUCCACCGUGCUCAAUGCUAUCACCAUAGCCGCGUACAAGAAGUUCGUGCUGGUCUCUCUCAUCGUUAAUGGGCAAUUAGCGCAGUUCCCGAAGUAUACGCCGUCGAUCGUGCAGAGGAGCUUGAAGACGCAGUCGCAGGCGUAUGUGAAUAUGGGGAAUGCCUACGCGACGAGGAACGUGGAGGAGGUACAGCGAUGCAUAACAAGUCACCACGAGGGCUUCAACAACGACCGGAAUCUAGGGUUAGCAAAGCAGGUGGUGGCAUCGCUGUACAAGCGGAACAUCCAACGGCUGACGCAGACGUAUCUUACCUUAUCCUUACAGGAUAUUGCCGACACUGUGAAACUCGAGGGGCCACGUGAUGCAGAAAUGCACGUGCUGAGGAUGAUAGAAGACGGAGAGAUCUUUGCUACUAUCAAUCAGAAGGAUGGGAUGGUCCGAUUCCACGAAGAUUCAGAGCAAUACAACACCAUGGAAAUGGCUGAGCGCCUGGAUGGAGAGAUCCACAGCAUGAUGAAAUUGGCGGGAAAAUUAACGGCAGUGGAUGAACAGAUUUCGUGUGAUCGGGCUUACCUUGGCAGGAUGUCCAUGAGGGAUGGUAGACAUGGAAGAUAUGCAGAUCCCGACGAUUUCGACCAUGUCGGCGCGCAGAGAAUCCUUGAUCCUCAAUAACAGUUGGUCGCGUCUGUAGGCAAAGUCCAUAUC